UACACAAUUUUCAGUGUUGUGUUUUUGGUGUGAUAUUAUUUGUAUCGCAUUCCAGCCGUUUUUAUAUUUUUUCAACAAAAUCCUCUGAAAACGAUAUCUUGUACUAUGCAAGUAUGUCGUGUGUGUUUAUCUCAAGAGGACCAGCCGUACCAUUCGUUGUUUUCUGUUCGGGAAGAUCGUACGAUUGCUAAGACGAUAAUGUUCUGCACUGGCGUGAAGAUCAAGCGAAGGGAUGGCCUAUCCCAGCUGGUGUGUGGUACUUGCGCAGAUGAUUUUCUCAAAUUCUUUAAACUGCGUAAACAGUGCCUGGAUACGGAUGCUUUUCUAAGGAAGAGUCUUCUUUUAGAAACUUCAGAGACUACAUCACAAGAUGAGCCAUUCAAUGACAAAGAAAUUGUCUAUGCGAACUCGGUGCAACCAGAAUCUAUAAUUGUAAUUGAAGAAAUUCAGCGUUUGGAAACAGAGCACGAAACAAAACCAACCGUAAUCUCGAAUGAAUGGGUCAUUGAAGAGGUUGAAAUUUUGAAAGAAGAGUUCGAGGAUAUGGAAAGGUUAGAUGACCCGGAUUACGAUGAACCAGAUUCUAAAAUUGAUUCUCAAAUUGAAAAAGAUACAAAACCCACUCUUCGGUUACGGAAGCAAAGAAAUUCGUAUAAGAUUCCUCGAAAACGGAAAAAAGUUGCGGCUUUCGAUAUUGAACUUGAAACUUCAUCAAAAUUUGUCUGCUGCAGCUGUCCGUCGGAGAUGUUUGAAAGUCAGCAAGCUUUGGACACGCAUCGGAUGGAUCAUCACGAGAAGUAUCGCAUAGCAGAUAAUGUUAUACGGCCUUACGAGUGUGACGUUUGCUUCCAACGUUUUCUAACGGAAAAACACCUUCAGCAGCACAAAACACGACCCUACAAGAAACGUGAAUACGUCUGCACUUCGUGUGGAAACGCAUUUUUCGCAAGUAGUACCCUCAAAAAGCACGAAGAAAUUUGCGCUGUCACCGAUCGAAAUUAUGCCUGCGACGAAUGUGGCAAACGGUUCACCCAGGUCGGUUCCUUGCGGAACCAUCUGAAGCUUCACAAUUCGGAAAAAACUCAUUCCUGUCCGAUCUGUGGGAAAACGUUUCUGAAAAAGUUCGAAGUUCCGAUCCAUAUGGUUACACACACGGAGGAACAACCGUUCCCGUGCGAUCAGUGCCCGGCACGGUUCAAGCGAAAGCAAGCCCUGAGAAACCACCAGCGGCACCACAGCAAUCCGACCCCCUACAAGUGUGACCUAUGCGACGAGUGGUUCAACAAUUUCAGCGCAAGGAAAUUUCACCGGCAGAAGGUGCACGAGGGUAUCGAACCGUUCAAGUGUGACCAAUGCGGGGCAAGCUAUGGGCGCAAAAAUCGACUCGAUCAGCACGUCAAGCGUGCUCAUGCGGAAGAUACGAAAGCGGUGAUGAAUAAUUGA